AUGUCGGAAUUACCAGCGAUUCGCUGGGGCAUCGUUGCUACCGGGAUGAUCUCCUCCUGGUUCGUCGAAGACCUCUUGGUCUCACGAUCAGAUGCAAAAGUCAAGCACAUUGUCCAAGCAAUUGGGAGUUCAUCCGUCCAGAAAGGGCAAGACUUCUCGAAGCAAUAUUGCCCGAAUAGUCAACCGGCUAUUUAUGGAUCGUACGGGGAAGUUUAUACCGACCCCAAUGUGGAUAUCGUCUACAUUGGCACCCCGCACGCUUUCCACAAGCAAAACUGCCUGGAUGCCAUCGAAGCAGGCAAACCCAUUCUUUGCGAGAAGGCCUUCACGAUAAACACUCGUGAGGCCAAGGAGGUCUUUGCGCGUGCCAAGGCAAAGGGAGUCUACGUUGCUGAAGCCAUGUGGCUCCGCCACCGACCUCUGGUCCAAGAUCUGCAACGCAUGCUUCACAAAGACAAGGUCAUUGGCGAAGUUUUCCGCGUCUACUCUGAGUUCGGUCUCGGGCUAGACAUCCCGAACCUCCCAGACAGCUCGCGUUAUAAGCAACCUCACCUUGGUGCAGGGUCGCUAUUGGAUUUGGGGAUCUACACUCUGACGUGGGCUAUCCUAGGCUUGGACGCAGGAACUCCUGGAUCUUCUGAGAAGCCCAACAGUCGCACGAUGAGAGACCAGGUCAAGGGCAUCAUCGGAAGGAACGCGAUCAAGACAUUUGAAUACAAGCCAGUCGGACGAGGGUAUUACUGGGAAGCCGACAACGCUGCGUUGGAUGUGCUGGCCGGGAAGUUGGAGAGUGACGUGAUGCCUUGGGCAGAGACUAUCCGUGUCAUGGAGAUGAUGGACGAAAUCCGACGACAGGGUGGGACUGUGUAUCCUCAAGACGAGGAGUGA